CGGCGGCGACCUUCCGUAUAUGGUGAUGAGAGUGCGCGACGCUUUUCGAUGUGGCGUGCCGCCUUCGAGUCGCGCCGCACCUCCUUCGCGGCCAUCUGUGGCCCUGCGUACAUCUCUGUUAGCUUCCUCCGAUUUCCUGGCGAUCCUGUGUCUGGCCUGCGGUGCUGCCUCUUCUCUGUGGCGCGAUGAGUGGUAUGAGCGCGACCGACCGCCGCAACUCGCGAGUGUUGAAUGGUCUAGCACCCCCUGCGUCUUCUAGCUCCAUGGCACAGCAUGAUCCAUGGGCAUCGAAGACGCCAAUGCCGAUCCAGAUACCUGGCAACUAUAGUAAUAUUCGCAUGUCCGGACCCGCUCGCGCUGCUAACCCAUUCGCCGGGCGCAUGGGCGACACACUGCACAGCUCUACCCGCGGAGGACCCUCUGGCAAUCGCACUGCCCAAGCGACUGUGCUCCCCACUCGGAAGACUACAGUUGGUCCUGCCGCCAAGCGUCCCAGGCUCAGCGGUGCUUUCAAUCAUCCUGGAGCAGGAAAGCCUGGAGGAGAUAUGCUCGGUCUGGCCCCAUCGAAGUACUUUCCACCGAAGUCUUACAAAGGUCAGUAGACAUGUGGCGUCGAGACAUACCAUGAGAUGGCUCAGCGCAUAUGUUCCGACAUUCCGUCCGCUUGCAGGCAAGGAGGUCGAUGGACGAGGCUCACGGCGCGACCUCGAACUGUGGAACAACUCACCCGCCGAGGUCAUUGACAUCACCGAUGAGGACGACGCGUACAAAGCUCCUCACAUAGAGAACUUGAUGCAGACGCCCAAGACCCGUAGGGACGCCUCGGACGGCAGUCCCGACCCUCUAGACUGCAUCGGCGAAGACUCCUUUGAUCUGCACGAAGCACGUACCAUCUCAAACGGUAGUCAACAAUCAUCGUCACGUCGACAGAGCGCCCCUGAUGGCGCAGCGACGCUCCGUAUACGCGAAAAGGUGGCUGCGGCCGAGCGGGAUAAGAAAGGGGAGCAUCCUGGUGGCGGUGAUGAUAGCGACGGCAUCGAGGAAAUUGAGAGCUUCUCCGACGAACCCACGCAAUCGCGGAUUCCGGGUCCACAGCCUCCCCAAGGUAUCGUGCGGCGGAAUCGCUUACUAUUCCGUGAGGAACCGGAUUUUCGACCAAAUGAACGGCCGAAGGAGGAACCAGGACUGAGCCUCGUACCGUCAAGUCGGCCAAAGAAAGCACACGAUCCACCACCGGAACGCGAAGUGCGGACCAUCGACCUCGUCGCUGCACACUCGAAGCUCAGUAGAAAGGACGCCAUGAAGCCCAAGUCAACCCAGGGUGCACAGCCGCGUACGUCUUUCGGCUCAUCUAAUGAUCCUCUUGCUGGGUCAUCUGGCUUUGGGAAGUCGUCUAUUGCCAAGUCCACGCGAGCACCUACGCCCGGACCUUCCACGAGAGCCCGAAAAAAGAUCCAGGGCGUCCCGCCCAAGGACCUCCUUCUACCUUUGGAAGGCUUCUCCUGGGGUUGCACAUUCUGCGAGGACGAAGACGAUGAUCUGCUUUAUUGGUUGACUUGGGAAAGAGGCAGCGAUUGUAUGCACGUCCGCAAGCCUAUCGGAGAACAGAGUCCGUUUGAAGCGGAAGUGCUGCAUGAAUUACAUUUACAAUUCAAUAGCUGGAUGUACACACAGACGCCGUUCAAUGAGGAGCUACCAUUGGUUGUCUCUAUCAAGCCCACGCCUUCACGAGUCAAUAAGCAAGAUGACUCACUUCUAUACAAACCAGGGUCGAAAGGCAACCUUGGCAUGGUUACAUUAAGCUUCAAGGCCAAGUAUCUAGGCAUACGAGAGUCCUACGGCAUGCUUACCACAUCUUUGGAGACUUUACUCUCGAAGGUCGCAGUGAAUUACUUGGAUGGUAACGGUGCGAAGGCAAGGUGGGAGCAGGUCAAGUCUGCUGCUGCAUUAGCGUGGCAAGAACCCGCGUCUUCAAUCGCUCCAUCAGCCCGUCCCAAGCGGCAGAAUGCCUCGAAACAGCAAGGGGACAUAUCGACGUUGCUGUCCAACCAAGGUACUAAGACGCGGACAACUUUUCGGCCUCAUUUCCCGGGAGCUCCAUCGGAGACAGAUAGCGAAGCAACUGCGACACGACGAUCGGCGCGCCUCAACACCGAUCCAAGUCCUUCCCCUGGUCCUGACGAACUGAUAUUGGUGUAUCCACCGUCGGGCGCGGGCGCGAUCAACAUCAACAAGAGUGAUCUGAGACGCCUGGAUGAUGGCUGUUAUCUAAACGAUACCCUCAUCGAGUUCGGUCUUAAGCUAUGGCUAGCUGACCUGAAGGAAAAGGACCCUAGCUUCGCGGAACAGGUUCACGUAUUCAGCUCAUUCUUCUACAAGAAGUUGAAUGUCAAGGACAAAGACGAGGGGUAUCAAAGUGUGCGCAAGUGGACGUCGAAGGUAGACUUAUUUCAGAAGAAAUACAUCGUCGUCCCGAUCAACGAACAUUUUCAUUGGUAUCUUGCCAUCAUCUGCAACCCCGAAUACGUCCUCCUCCCGCCGCUCCCAAGUACUGAGCAACCUAAGCCAAUGACCCGGAAACGGAAACGCGACUCAGGUGCUGUCGACGAGCAGGAAGCAGCGCCCCAGGUCGACACCGUAGCACAGCCAUCUAACAAUGCGUCGGGCAUCGACGUAGUACCGGACUCAUGCCCACCAUCGCCUACUAGUGGCGGGGAGGAUGAGGUAGAAGGCAUGAUUGGGGGUCAAGCCCCCCCUGCGGAUGCGGACGAGUCGCGACCGCCUUCUGCUAUGGGAGGAGACUACCACGCCAACGCCCUCGAAGAAUUGGCGAACAUGCACCUGGACUAUCCCAACUCAUCUAGCCCGCUGGCGAUGACUGUAGACUUGCCACCGGCUGUCCCUGUGCAACCCAUUGAUGUCGUUGAUGCGGACCAAGACGUCGAGAUGUCUGUCGAUCCUUCCAGCUUCUAUGGCUCGACGUCACCGACACAUACGGAGAACACCGCAGUGCUCAGGAUAGAGGAGGAUGACCACAACAGGAUCAAUUCUUCGAACCCCGAGUCUGAGAAAUGCGCUCGGGUAUUCAUCUUCGAUUCACUGGGAAGCAAGCAUCCACAGGCACAGACAACCCUCGAAAGAUAUCUGCAACUCGAGGCGAAAGACAAGAAAGGCGUGGAGCAGUCUCGGAACUCGAUCCGCAAACUUGCCUAUGUCCCUAGUCAACCCAACUACUGCGACUGUGGUGUCUACGUCUUGCACUUCAUGCGGGUCUUCAUGGAGAACCCUGAUUGGUACACCCAGCUCAUUCUGUCACAGAAGGGGAAAGGGUACGGGCCUGAGCAACGCAAGACUGACUGGAAAGGCGACGAGGUUAGGAAGCUCCGUGGCGAGUUACGUGCACGUAUCUUGUCGCUGAGCGAGACGUGGAAGGCCGAGCGACAAGCCAAGGAGGAGGCGCGCAAGAAGGAUGCUUCCAAUGCCUCUGACACGCCGUCAGGCGGACCUGAUCCGACUGUGAUCGACGAUUCGGAUGACGAAGUGAUCAUCGAGGAUACGACCACGAUUUCGAAACCUCGGGGGCGAGCACAACGUUAACGUUCCCUAGUCAAUUCCUAGUAUGUAGACACAAUCUUCAACCGUGGACUUUGCAUUCAUCGCAUUUCGUGAGUCAUCAACCGUACGCAUGUGCUAAUACUCUACAGUGCCCUACUUCAUGUAGCUACAACAUCCGACUUUCUCUGUUUACUGCUUCGUGCAUGCUCUAUCUUUCACUUGCUGUGACGCAAUGCUGCUUGUCGUGAAUGUAUUUUUCCCUACUUGGAGGAACUCCUCGUGGAUGCGGUGUGCAGCAGAACUGCUCAGGCUCGCUGUCAGUCGCUCGAGACUCGAGGAACGAUUCGAGUCUCUUAC